AUGAAUGCUGAGAUUAUCCAACGACAUCUUCCAUCGUGCCGCCGCUGUCGGCGCCUCCGAAAGAAGUGCGACACACAUUUGCCACGCUGUCGAAGGUGCGAGAAAGCAGACGAGGACUGUAACUUCAUCGAUGCUGCAUCAAAACAGCCCAUCUCGAGAAGUCACGUCCAAUCGCUGCUGGUUCGGCUUGAACGAUUGCAAUCCGCCGCAAGGCAAUCCUCCAACAUCGCACCCGAAAGUCUUCUUACAGACGAUGCCUUCUCUUUAGAACCCGUCGAGGCCAUCCUACCAGAGACCGCCUCUGAUCAGUCAAAGCCACCGUCAAGUUCGGAAGACUUCUCCUUCGAUGUCAUCAUACAGCUCACGGUACCCGAGCCAAAGACUCAGUAUUGGGGUGCGAGCUCUGUAUUUGCUCUUGUCGUUCAGAUCUUGCAACAUGCCAGCCUGAAGGGAUUUUUAACCUCGGCAAAUGCGUCUACAGGGUCCUGUAGACCUGAUCCGCCCGAUGUUGACACUUUAGACCGGCAAAUGACAGCUGCUCCUGAAGCUGACGUAUCAGAGCUUGUCCGUUUCUACAUGCGCACACUGAACACCAUUUACGUGCUCAUUGACGAAACAACCAUCUUCAAUGACUUGCCGACCUACUUCCAAGUACGGAAUCGGGCUCAAUAUUCGAGCCAGAAACUCGAAGGAGAAACAGCUCGCCGGUUUUUCCGCAUCUCCCUUGUAUGCGCUACAGCAUGCGCUAUCCAAGCCCGUCAUCGUCCUUCUCGCGUUGCUGAGAGUCUAGCAUAUUAUCAAGACGCGCUAGGUUGCGUCGAGGAAGUAACAUCUGAAGCAUCGCCUGCGUCGUUGCAGGCCUUGCUGCUAUUGAUCAUAUUUUGUCUCUUCUAUCCCCGCAAGGGCGAAAUAUGGCGUCUCCUCGAAUAUGCCUGUCGACUAGCAAUGGAACUUGGAUACCAUAAAGAAGAUUCCGAUACACCCAACACUUCAGCGGACAGUGAAUCCUCAUCAACAAUGCCGCCUGCAAGCAGCGCCGCCUCUAGCAAGCGUCCACAAUCACGGCACUUGACAUUUUGGGCUUUGUAUGCUCUUGAGCGCAUCAUGGGUCAAAUGUUUGGACGGGCAUCCGACAUUCCGGAAUCGAUUAUUACCGCCAGCUACCCAAGCGCCUGUACGCCUGAGGUGUCUAAAAUUUCUUCGGAGGCAUCACAGCGGGCCUCCAACAUGCGCGAUGCAAGAUUCGACAACGGCACCUGCAAUAGCGUGGACGAAAGCAAUCCUGACCAACGCGAUGCGCCACAAGCUACCGAGCAGACACACUUACAGGCUGCGGCGUUCGCGCAUCACUAUCGACUAGUCUAUCUUCGCUCCAUGAUCUACCGUGCCAUGUAUGUGCCACCAAUCACGCCUGCAUAUGUGAUGGAAGCACCGUGGUUAUGCGAACAAUAUGCUGCGAUUCAAUCGUGGCGCCGUGAUCUGCUUGUCAGCGAUGAUUUUGCUGGCUUUUCGACCAUAACGUGUGUCCAGGGCUACAAUCAGACAAUCUGCUUUCUGUUCCAGACCUUGCUGCUACGGGCCCUUCGGAGUACGCAAUUGGGAAGGGUUGGACCCGACGAAGGGGUUACACAGGAACAGGCCGGGCCGGGUCAAGUAUCUCCGGAGCAAUGCGUCAUCGUUGCUGACAGUUAUUGGGCGGCAUGUGAUCUUGUACACGCCUACGAGCGCCUGAUCCGGGCACACGAUGGGUCAUUACUAGGCUCGUAUCCGCUCACCUUUCUAUCUGCACAGUACAUGUGGUUGGCGACCAGCACGCUCGUAGGCCACGUUCUUGUCGCCCUAGACGGGCGCAUACGCAAAGUAUGGUGUUUUCGUCGGUGGCAUGAAGAUUGCACACCAAUAGAAAGUGCAGAUCCGCACCAAACACCGCAGCAAGUACUUGACUACGGUUCCUUUAUCGACAUUUCACCAGUUUGUUUAAUGCUGCUGCGCUGGUGCGCAGAUCGCUGGCCGGGGAUGGCCGGACUUUUGACGGUGUAUGAGGAACUGUUCAAACAACUGAACAGAGAGCUCAUCCGUCGUGGCAUGGUUGUGUGA